AUGGCAGAUACAGCACCAACUAAAAUCGAAUCACCAAAUGUUAUCAAUAAAGUAGAAGUUAUUUCAGAUAGACCAGAUUGUGCAACUUUUAUCUUUGUAGAUGAAGAUCAUACACUUGGAAAUGCUUUACAUUAUGUUUUAAUGAAAAAUCCAAAAGUUGAUUUCUCAGGUUACAGUAUUCCACAUCCAUCAGAUAAUAAAAUGAAUUUACGUAUACAAACUAAAGGAAAUACAACUGCACAAGACGCAAUUAUGAAUGGUUUAAGUGAUAUUAAAGAUAUUAGUCAGUCUGUAGACGAACGCAUUGGUGAAGAAUCUAAUCAAAGUCAUAUAUACUCUGAUGCGCAGUUAUGUCAUAGGCAUGAUGGCCAUCCUACCAACCGAUUAUUCUGA